GGUUGAUGCACGGCUUUCAAGCUUCAGGUGGAGAAGUGCGCUGUACAGCAUAGCUAACCCAUUACACACGUGGUAGCCUAUGCUUACCUGCCAAUAGGCUUCACUUUCCUCACCUUGCAACACUACAAUGCAAGCGCUCCGACCCUGCCACCUGCGGGGCCAACGUCCCUUCCAUGGCUUCCAACGCUCGAACAAACCUCCAUGUCCUGCUAGGGUCGCGCCAUGCAGAGCAGGUCCUGAAACGCCCGGUGGGGCGCUCGGCGAAGAUGUGCUGGCGCGGCUGAGGGCUGCUGAAGAAGAGGCAGCUCGACUCCGGAAAGAGCUUGCGGCAGCACAGGCCGCCAAGGCUGCACAGGAUCCUGUUGAAAAGGAUGGCAAGCAAGUUCGCAUCGACUCAGUUGACAAUCGUGAGACACUUUUUGGGGGUGGACCCCGAAGCACUUGGCUUUCGGAAAAGGACGUCGAAUUUUUCAGUGGCCCAGUAGCUGUCCGCGAGGAGGACCCUGCCACCGAGGACCCUAACUACAUGGCAACCGUUCAGCGGCGCUUGCUAAUAGGCGGCUUGUUGGCGGUCGGCCUAGGCGCGUUUGCGCUUAUACCCACGGAGGCCCUCCGUCCGAAGCCCAGCAAGCCCAUGUUCUUCUUCCUGGUGCCCCUGCUGCGCAUCCAGGAGCUCCUGGGUGAGUGCCGCGGCAUCAUUGAGGAUGCGGACUGGGGCCUGCUGCGGCAGGCGCUGGCGCGCAUCGAGGGGCCGCCCAACAACGUGCGGUCCAACCUGGACGCCAUCAUCGCACUCAUGCCGGACGCCCGGAGCGCCAGCCGCGCACAGGAGCUGUCAGCAGACCUGUACGAGUACCUGCGCAGCCUGGACUACCAGCGGUACUUCGACGCCAUGCCCCGGAAAGCCAUCAGCGGAGAGCAGAAUGCGCAGUACGCGCAAUUCAGCUUGUCGUCGCUGCAAGCAGCGCAAGCAAAGCUGUCGGAGCUGUUGUCGCUGGUGCCAAGGGACCAGCUGCAGAUGGCGCGUGACCAGUUAGCGGCAGGCUACUAGGCUUGCGGUAUCGCCGGGAAGGGUUGCCAUGUUUCAUCAUGGAGAUGGGAGAGAAGUUGGCGUUCCCUCAUACCCGUGUGGUUGGGUUGGGGUCUGAGGGGCCUGCAGAGUGUUACACGAGGGUUGAAGGUAGUGAGCUGAUGUGCGUUCGUGGCAGAGCCGUUCGUUUUCUGGGCUGGGUAGGCCAUCGAUUUUGCGAUGAGAGAGAUGAGAGAGGCAUGCGCAAUGGGUCGCCGUGAUUUGUAAUAUGUGCGUUCCGUGUGCUACUUUUUAAUACAUGAUUGUAUCUGGAAAUCCAACUAUUAAGCAUUGUAGUUUCCUCUUUCACCGUGUACCAGGACGGGACACCGUUGGGAAGGUUUGAGCCUUUCAGUGCUCCUUUGGCAUGUUGUUGCAUGACGAGUAGUUCUAUGCCUUUUCGUUGCGCUUCUCAAGGAUAACGGGGCCUGGAGCUUGAGUCGACAACGGUGCCGUUGCCCAGGUUACAAUGAAGCGGGGGCACUCCCCGGCAGCGAGCGAUUUGGGCACCCCUGUGUCUCUUGGGCCUUUUAUAAGUCCAACAUGGCGUGGGUGCGCCAAUUGCUAAGGCUGUGAGCGCUAGACGACCGGGAAUUGCUGCGACCCACGGGGUCGCACGGGGUGCAACUUAGCAUGGCGACGUUACGCCCACAACAUUCGGCAGAUGGUGGCAAUCCUUCGCUAUUGCCAGUCCCAAUCGACCAAUGCCAUGAGGCUUUGUUGGCCACAGAGGGAAAUACCAACAAGAGCAGGCUUCCUACAGGGCUUUCGACAGCCUCGCCGCCUGUAGGGGUAGUAUCUGGGUCUCCUAACGUGGCCAACGCAGCCCUGGGCUCCAACAACAGCACCGGCAGCAGCGCAUUCCUCAACAACAGCAUCCCCGUUGAUGCCGCUGAUGUCAGGCCUGGCGCCGGUGCAUGCGAGGAUGUCUGCUGGCACGGGACCUCCAUAACCCCUGCUGAAGCACAAAGCUGCGCGCGCCAGACCGCGGCAGCAUGCGCUGCCGUACCCCAGCAUGGCAUGCCACAACCGCAGCAGCACCGCACGGCUAGCGGAUCGGACGCCGAGGGCAGCUCCACGCCGCUCGGGCCGCAGGCGGCGGCAGCAGCGCCGGCUCCCGGCCCAACCCUAAGCGCUUUCGCGCCAGCAGCUGUGCUGCCGGCAGCCCUCAGCGGUGUGCCACUGCUGGUCCCACAGCUUCAGCUUCUGCAGCUACAAGCGCUGCUGCAGCAACAGCAGCUGCAGCAGGGGGCGGGUUACGGUGCGUGUCCGCCCAUGCAGAUCCGUCCGGCGCCGCUGCUGGCGGUACCCGCACCGCUGCUGCCGGGAUCUCAGCAGCUGCAGCAACUGCGAGGCCCCAGCAGCACAGGCGCAGGCGGCACCAGCAGCGGCAGUCCACAUGCGCUCCUGCCACUGCCACAGCCACAGUCCUGUGGGUUGGGGGCCGCUGCGGCAGCUAGCGUCCUGCCGCAGAUGCCAACCGAGCUGGCGCCUGCGCCGGCGCCUGCUGCAACAGGCCGGCGCAGGGGUCGGCCGCCUCGUGCCGCGGGUCUGCGGGCCUCCAACAGUGGCAGGGGGCCACAGCCCUCCUCCCCACGGGGAGCGGAUGCGGGGAAGGCAGCAUGCGGAGGUGGCGCGCGGGGUCGGGGUCGGGGUCGACGUGCCGCGGCGCAGCAGCGCAGCAGCCAGUACGAGCUGUCGGAUGAAGAUGAGGAGCCGGAGGAUGACAGCGAGGAGAGCGAGGAGGCGGUGCAGGAGAGCAGCGAGGAGGAGGGCGAGCAGCUGCUGCUGCAGCAGCAGCCGGAGGAGCGCAUGCUGGGGUGCAGCCGCUGUGGCUUUGCGCCGGCGGGCUGCAACAGAUGUCGCAUGCGGCCGAUCGCCACCCGGCCGUACGCGAGGUGGAAGCCGGAGGAGGGGCGCUUUCAGGAGGACAUACACAGCGCCCCAGUCUUCUACCCUACGCCCGAGGAAUUCGCAGACCCCAUGUCGUACAUUGCUAAGAUCCGCCCGGAAGGGGAAAAGUACGGCAUUUGUCGUAUCGUGCCUCCAGCGGGCUGCUGGGAUCCGCCCUUUGUGCUGAGCGGCAGCUGCGCCGAAGAGGACGGCAGCAGCGGCCGCGGCGGCUUCCGGUUCUACGCGCGCAGGCAGGUCAUCAGUGAUCUCUGCAUGCGGCCAGGCAGCUCGGACACUCCAGCAGCGCAGGGCGGCAGCGACCCGCAGCAGCACCCGCAGUGGCAGCAGCAGCCGGACGGCGGUAGUGGUCAGCUCAGGCAGCAGCAAGGACCGCAGCAGUGGCCGCAGCAGCUUGGGCAGCUGGGACCUCAGCAGGAGCAGUCUUUCAGCUGCGGUGGUCGCAUGGGUAGCUUUGGAAUGUCCGCCAGCUACAGCGGUGGCGGCAGCAGCGAAGCUCCACGCCCACCCCCACCGCACGGCCUCCAUCCCAACCCUGAUGGCAGCACUGCGGGUAUUCGUCUGGUGGCGCCGGGGCCCAUGCCGCGGCCCAAGCUGCCGGCCGUGGCGGUGGAGGAUUCCCUGGAACGGUACGCUGCAAGGGUGAUGACCCCGCAUCCGCUGCUGGGGCUGGAUGAGGCCGCUGCGGAUGCAGCCGCCGCCGCGCUGUGUGCUGCGGGCGCAUGCCCGGGGCGCAUGGAGCGAGCGGCAUCGGGGCGCAUGGGCGGUGCCGUCGGGCGGAAGGUGCAGGGCUGGCAGCUGCGUGGGGGCAGGUCGUGCUUCAGUAUGGACAGGGACGGAGAGGACGAGGGCAGCGGGCAAUCUGGCUCGGGCUCUGAGUCCGAGGGUGGCGACGGAGAGUCUGGGUUUGCUUCUUUGGAACGGAUACACACGCUGCGGUCGUUCCAGGCGUACUGCAGCUGGGCGAGGAGCCUGCACUUCGGCCUGCCGCCGUUUUCGGAGCAACGGCUGGGACGCAAGUCGUCACUUGAAAGGGCAAGCUCUAACCCUCUACGUGUAGCUGCUGGCCGCGUCAGCAAGUACUGCGGCGGCGGCAGCAGCGCCGUGCCCUCUCCCCUUGCCUCGCCGUCAUCCGCCGCCGCUGCAGCAGCCUUGCCGCCACACGUACAGGCCGCUGUCAUGCGUGCUGCCGCCGGCUGCGAGCCCAGCAUCGAGGAACUCGAGGCGGAGUUUUGGCGCAUCGUGGAACGGCCGACGGCGGGCUGUGUGGUUGAGGUGUUGAACAGCAGCGACCUGGAUACGAGUCGCCAUGGAAGCGGUUUUCCGUUGCCCGCUUGGCGGCGCAUGCAGCCGACGGCGGCGUCUGAGGGGUCGGGCGGCGUUGCGGCAGCGCUAGACGAGCGCGCACGGCACUACGCGAGCCACCCCUGGAACGUCAACAACCUUCCUCGCGCAGCCGGCUCCCUGCUGCGUUACGUGGAGCCCGAGGAGCUGGUUGCAGGCGUCACGGCCCCCCGCCUCCAUCUGGGCAGCUGCCUGAGUGCAUCCUGCUGGGCCGCGGAGCCGCACUCGCUCUACUCGCUUACCUACCUGCACAUGGGGGCGGAGAAGAUAUGGUACGGCGUACCCGCCAGUGCGGCUGCGCAGUUCCAGGCGGCCGUGCGCGACGCGGUGCCGCACCUGCUCGCGGAGGACGCGCUGCUGCUGACCCGCGGGGUCACCCAAAUGUCGCCAUCGGAGCUCAGGCGCCGGGGGGUGCCCGUGUGCAGGCUGGUGCAAGAGCCCGGAAGCUUCGUCGUCACCUUCCCUGCCGCCCACCACGCCGGCAUCAACUGCGGCUUCAACUGCGCUGAAGCCGUCAACCUGGCCCCCGCGGACUGGCUUCCGUACGGCACCGAUGCCGUACGCAAGUACCGUGAGCAGGGCAGGCGCUGCGCCUUCAGCCAUGACCGCCUGCUCGUUCGCCUGGUCGGCGCCGCACCCGCCGUCCGUGCGGCGCAGCAGGCGGCCAUGUUGCCGCACCUGUUGCGGCCGACUGAGCCAACACCGCCAACGCUGCUGCAUGCGCUGCCGCCGCCUCAGAAGUGUUCAGAAGAGCUCCUGCAUGAGCCUUUGUUGCCGCAGCAGCAGCCGCAGCCAUCGCAGCAGAUACAGCAACAGCCAGAGCCACUGCAAGGGCUGAUUAAAGUGGAGGAAGAUGGCGGCAGCUGCGGCUGCGGCAGGGCGGAGGUAUCCGCGGCAACCGUAGUCAGGGGGUUGUGUGCUCAUGCAAGCUUUCCCUGCAGCAGCGUGAAGCAAGACAUGGACGCGUCUCAGGUUACCGCCAUCACGACCGCCCAUCAAGCCGGGGACGAAGCCGUCACGGCAGCGGCUGUGGCAGGUGGAGGCGGCGGCGGCGACUGUCAUCUGCCGUACAGUUUGCAGGCGGGUACGCAGCUUGAGGAGUUGCCCCCCCUGGGAGCUGUGCUGGCGGGGAUAGGGGAGUUGGCGCUGCGACUGGAGGAGGAGGCGCGGUGGCGAGCGGUGGUGCGGGAGCUUGGGGUGACACAGGAGCGGCUCAUGUUGUCGUGCGGCAAGGAGGUGGCAGCUGCACAUGCCUGCGGCACCGCGGCGGGCGGUGGCUGCCUGAAGUGCCGGUGCGACCUGCACCUCUCUGCGGUCAUAAGUCCCGAGCGGCCGGGUGUCGCCACCUGCCCCGAGCACGCCGCCGCGCUGGGGGUGCCGCCGGAGAGCUGCGUACUGCUGGUCAGGCACUCCCUGGAGGAGCUGCGGCGCCUUCUGGACACGGCGCUAGAGCUGUUCCCUGAGGGUUACGCAGCUGUGGCCGCCGCACGCCAACGGCUGGCGUCACCACCGCCCAGCUCGGCCAUCCGUCGCUUGGGUCCCAUCUCCAAGUACGGCAUCCCCUUCGCAGCCCCCAUGAGCGAGCAGGACGCCACGGACGCCAUGCAUGUAGCUGUGUGUGCUGUAGCGGGCAUGCCCGGGGCUGCAGAAGCCGCUGUGCCGUACGUGCCGUACGAUCCCGAGGCGGCAAGCGGUUUGGAUGCCGUGCUUUCGUCGCCGUCAAGGUUGGCGAGGGUGGGGUCUGCAGCUUACGAUGCUGGGGCGGCGGCGGCAGGCUGCAGGCUGGUGGAGGGUGGUGUGUUGGGGGCGGAGGUGAGGCUGGGCGGGAUGGAUCGGGAGCGGAUGGGGCCGCGGCAGGCGCUGCUAUGGGAGGAGCAGCAGGCGGAGGCGGAGCGGAGGGAGGAGCAGCGACGUGCUCUUGAAGGAAUGAAGCGCGCGCGGGCGCAGCGCGCGGCGCGUAGAAGCGGCGCCCCGGCGACUUCCCCUUCGGCCACUGAACCCACCGCCGUCGCUGCAACGCAUUCGCUGCUGCCUCCGUACGUCUCUGCCAUUGCGAUGAUUGCGCCGGCGUCGCUUACCACGACACCAGCUAUACUGCUGCCUAACGCGGAAGCCACAAGUCCCGGCAGACAAGCGGCGCCUCCGGCCACCGCCGACGCCAGCGCGGCGUGCCUCAUGCCAGCCUCAACAGCAGCACUUGCAUCUGCUGCAGUGCCAUCGCACAUGGGGCUUCCGCCGGCGGCAGCGCAAGCGGCGCCUGCAGACCCUCUGAUUCCCUUGGCGCAGGCCGGCAAGCGGAGCAGCAGUCGCGGCAUAGUCGGCCAUGCGGGUACGGCAGAUGCGGAGGGCGACCGAGGCGGCGCCACGCGGCCACGCAGGGAGCGCCGUGUGCCUAAGCACCUCCUGGAUUCGGAGAUGGAGCUGGCGGAGGAGAUGCAGCAGGUGGUAGCGGCGGCGGCGGCAGCGGGUGCUGGCGCCGCUGCUGCUGCUGCUGCGGGCACCGCCAGGAACGCCACAUCGUCCAGGUCGCGUGGGCAGGCGCAGACGUCAACCUCCUCCCAGAUGCAGCGGCAGCUCUCGUUGCACCAUGAGCCGUCGGUGGGGACGGAGCAGCUGCUGCCGGCGCCGCCGAUACAGCCGGCCGAGGCGGCUGCUGGCCCGGCGGCAGCAACGGCAGUGGCGGUUACGGUUGCGACUGCCGCUGCAGCGUGCAGGCCCCUCGUUCCGAAAGCUCCCGAGCUGCAGCAGCAGGCGGAGGUGCCGGUACCACGCCAGGCCGAAGGCACCACAAGACAUCCGGAGCAGCAGCCGGAGCCGCAGCCGCAUCAGGGCCGCCAGGAAGGGCAAGCAGCGCCCCUGCAGCAACCAGAUGAGCAGCAACCGCAGCAGAUCGUUACAACCACCCUGCAAAAGCCCAUGCCGCAGCACAACCCGGCCCCGGAGGCUGAGCAGCAAGUCGGCACCAGCGCCCCAACCGGAGCCGGUACGGACACCCUGGGCAUGUCGCCGCGUCGCAGCAGCCGGCCCACGCGGCCCUCCAUCAGACUCAUGAGUGCCGUCGCGGCAGCGGCGGCGGUUGCACCCUCGGCGGCGGCGGCGCCGUCAUCUGCCGUGCCUGGCGUGCUGCUGCUCAGACGGGAGACCACCAGCGGUCCCUCCACAAGCAGCCGGGGGCCGACCGCCGCAGCGCGCCGCCUGUCGCUCGGCAUAGCGACGACGCCGGCGGGACUGCCACCCACGGCCCCCCCGGCGGGUGUGGGCCCAGGGGUUGCUGCUGCGCCACAGUCGCAGCCGCCGGGUACGGUGUCCCCGUUCGCUGCGGCCUGCUCUGGUGCAGCAGCUGAUGAUACGGUGGCGGUCGCGGCGGUUGCGGUGCCGGCUGAGAAUGCUAGGGGCGACAGCAGCGGCCACAGCAGGGUGUGCGGUGUUGACACGCCCACGGACGAUGCAGCGCAACCGCAACCACUGAGCGGCGUGCCCUCGGCAGCCGACCUGUCAGCUGUGGCGGAGGCGCCAGCGCCAGCCGCGGAGUUGCUGCUGCAGCCGCCUGUGCAGACCACGCCCCCUUCUUCCGCAGCUCCUUCUGCGAGUGCCGACAUCCCAGUGCUACAGGAGCCCAGCGCACAGCUGCUGCUUCCCACGCCGGAGCAGCUGCAUCAAGGCAUGCCUCCGCCGCUGCCAUUGCAGCAACAGGAAGCCCCGAAGCAGCAGCAGCCAUCAGAAGUAAAACCAAGCCCGGGCCCCCUGCUGCCACAGCAGCCUCUUCCUCAGCAGCCCCAGGAGCAAGAGCAGCAGCAGCUGCUGCUGCAGCCUGCAUCAGCAGCCGCCACGGGGCGACCUGUGCGCAAGCGUCGUACGGCAUUCAGCAACGACAUGGUCAUCUACGGUGAGACGGCGGCGCUGUUCGGCUCCCAAGCUGGAGCCGCGGUGGCCCCGGCUGCCAAGCGCAAAGCGGGCUCAGACCGCCGACCUGCUGCCACAGCGGCCGCCGCUGCUGCCCCAGCCGACGACCCUGCAGUCGGGGGCCUGGCGGAGGAGGGCAGCUCGUGGGCGGCGCAUCACCACUCGUUCGGUGAUGAGGCGGCGAUGAUGGGGCUGGACGAGGCGCAUGACACGUUGGCUUCCUUUGAGGAUGACCUGCGGCCGCUGUCGGCCGGCAUGUCACCACCGCACGCCAUGUUUGAUGAGGACCUGCACCGUGCGACGUCGCCGCCGCCGCAUGCCGCCAUGCUCUCAGAUGCCGCCGCCGCCGCUGCGGGUGGCGCCCCUGUGGCUGCGGCCGCCGCUGUUGCUGCUGCACACGCGGCCGUCGGCACGGCGAUGGCUUGCGACGACGCCGAGCAGGUUGCCGAGGUGUCACAGGCGCCUAACAGCCCCGGCUUCCUCAGCUUACACGACCACGAUGACCACGAGCACGACCACGACGUCUUCAUGCGGGAUGCGGGUCGCCCCAUGGCGCUCUCGGCCUCGCCCUCGCAGACCGCGCUUGAACCGCUGGCCGGCCUGCCGCUGCCGCCUGGGGUGGCGCAUGUAGACAUGGACGGCCUGGUUGCCCUGGGGCCCGGAGCUGCGGCAUCCGGCUCCGUGCCGCAGCCACCCCUGCUCAUGGGGCUGCUGCCUCAGCAUGCAGACCAGGUGGUAACUGGCAUGCAGACCUCCCCUCUGGCCGCGUUCGGUGCGGACCUCGGCUGCGCACCCGGAGGACCGUUUCUGCCGGUGGAGGGCGGUUUGCUGGUUUCUGGGGCGUUACCCGGGGCGGUAGGGGGGACCACCUUUACGGCGACUGGGGAUUCGGUAGGGAGCGGCGCGGCAGCAGGCGUGGCUGCGGGCGUGGCUGCGGGUGUGUCGGUGACAGGGGUUUUUGCUGGGUUUGCUGGGUUUGGAGACACUGCGGGGAUGUCGGACGGAGGUGGCUUCCUAAGCGGCAGUCGGCAUGGGUUGAGUAGCUUGGCAGCGGGUGCGGCUGGUGAGUGGGCUGACCUAGACGAUCUGGUGGUGCUUUGAUGGGGGCAUGCGGGUGGCGUGGAAGCCGGAUGAUGGGGCAGUCUGCAAUGUCAUGGGGAAAAGGUGGGUAGGUGGCAGCUAGGGAGCAGGCGCGGUAGGGGUUCGGUUGCGGUCGGUCCCAGUCCUUGGUUGGUUCAGUGAUGGAGGCUUGGGGCGCGGUGUGUAAAUUGCUUGUUGCCAUUGCCGUGAAACCCCCGCGUGACAGUUGUUGGGUGUUGCUGUUGCCGCUUCGAUGUUACUACCCGUACCCGCCGAAUCAAGUGCAAGCUUGCGCAGGAGUGUGUUCGAGUGCAAUUGCGAGUGGGGGAUGGGCGUGUGCUCACGUAUGUUGAAUGCGUAACUGGUGUCCUGGCAUCCAGCCCUCGGACACGGUACGACAUGAAGAAGCAGUAGAUCGUACAUGGAGGUCAUGUUGUGUGCUGAAGACGGACCCUGGGACGCUGCAGAACCGCGUCAUGCACGACACGUUGGUUUUGUGCAUUCGCGGCUUUUAUUUGGACGGUGUGGACAAGGCAAGGAGAGAUGGCGCUGUGGAAGCGCAGAACGUGAUGCUUGUACGACAUGCAACCAUUUUGGGCCCAGACAUGGCCCGUUUUGGACAUUGCGCGGGUCAUGGGCAACGCAAGUAUUAACGCCUGGAUGACGCACGGUGCGUGGGUGCCUGCCGUUUUCAAUUUGACACCUCUUUCAAUGAUGUGGCUUGACACUCGCUUACCCAAAACGAUUCGAUAACGGUAAUUGGAGACAAUGAUUGCUUUUGCCGCUAUUGUUGGACGGCCGGCGCUCUCUUUCAAGUGUGUCUAUUGUCGGAUGAAGCUUGAGAGACAAGGCAAGCAAUAGCUCGCAUUGAGCGUUGUAAGGAGCUGACCUAUGAACGCUGUAAUUGUAGCUGCACAUGGCCUAAGCCGCGUUCGUCUCCUGGCUGCCGACGGUUUUUAACCUAACGGUUGGCCAAAUAGCCCGCCGUAUUGCUUGGCACGCUUCGACACACUGGCUCUAGUCUGAAGUACAUGUACGUACGGUGCUAAAACUGUAAGCAGUUCAUCUUUGG